AUGCUGGCAUUUUCUGCUCAGUGGAGGACUCGAACCUUUUACCCCGAGGACAGGAUUUUUUACCAAAAUUAUAUUCCUGAAUCACCGUAUGACCAUGCAGCUAUUGACAAUGUUAAAGGACCACAUGAACCUUCCAAAUGGACAGAUCAAAACCAUCAUAGUCACGAAGAGGAAUCUUCUGCUGUGGCCAAUGCCUUAGCAAGGCAUGUACGGGUUCUCUGCUGGGUGAUGACCAAUCCGAACAACAUCCGCAGCAAGGCCAUCCAUGUGAAUGCAACAUGGGGGAGACGCUGCAAUGUUUUGCUCUUUAUGAGCUCUGAAGAGGAUGCCAGUAACAUUCCUAUCAUCAAACUGCCUGUCAAUGAGGGUCGCAACAAUCUGUGGGCAAAGACAAAAGAGGCAUUCAAAUAUGUUUACCGAAACCACUUUAAUGAGUGUGACUGGUUUUUCAAGGCUGAUGAUGACACAUAUACUAUUGUUGAAAAUAUGCGCCAUUUUCUGAGCAGAUAUAACACCAAUGAGCCGCUACUCUUUGGACACAGAUUCAAGCCCUAUGUAAGGCAAGGCUACAUGAGUGGAGGGGCUGGAUAUGUGCUCAGUAAAGAAGCCCUACGUAGGUUUAUUGUACAGGCUGUGGACGAUAAAACAAAGUGCCGUCAAGAUGCAGGUGGGGCUGAAGAUGUAGAAAUUGGUAAAUGCCUUGAAAGUGUGGGAGUUAAAGCAAUGGACUCUCGGGACUCCUUGGGACGGGAUAAUUUUCACCCUUUUGUGCCAGAACAUCACCUUAUACCUUCAUUAAUUGGGAAAACUGUUUGGUACGCUGGUUAUAAUUAUUAUAAAGUUAGAAUGGGUCCCAAUUGCUGUAGUGACCAUGCAAUCACUUUUCACUACGUGCCACCAAACAUGAUGUAUGUCUUAGAAUAUUUAGUCUAUCACUUGAAGCCCUAUGGAUACAGUAUUACAUACUCCGCCCAAGAAAAGAAUCCAGAUACCAAGCCAGCCAAUUCUCCACAACCUCCUCCUCCGUCCUCGAGUACAAAAAAGAAUAAUGAAUUACUUUCAAUUACAACUGUCAAAUCAAAAGAAAAUGACACUUCUUAG